AUGAACAUGUCUCGGGAGGAACUCUACAAAAAUGCUCGAAAAGCACAGUCCAAGGCAAAUGUAGCCAUUGCAGAGGUUAAAGCAACUCAUCAAAAAGCAACCAAGACUGCUGAAAGCCCUGCAAAACAGCCAAAGAUCACAACAUCAGAUGUGCAAGAGAAUAUCAAAAACAUUGAGCAUUAUGGUCAGAAAUUCCUUGUCACCCAUCUACUCUGGCUGCAUGGGAAUACAAAAAUGACCUUCGAAACAGAUAUCGAUGAUGGGUAUCAAGAUGCCAAAAUACGCACUUGGUGUGGCCCAACAAUUUUUAAUUGCACCGAAGCCAAUAUGAAAUCAGCAGAUUAUCGACAAGAACAUUUUGGUACCCAGAUAGGCUGGAUGAUGAAUGAUAGUGGUGAAUGGUAUUAUGAUACCUGGCAUGUAGCGCUGUUGCACAUCAGAUGGAAAGGUGAGCAGGACAUAAAUACUAUAUUCCUAAACCCGAAGCUUAUGAUGGGGCUAGAUCACACCACCCCGGGGAUGAUUGCAGCCAGCGCAAUCCUUGCACAAUGGGCUGCAUCCGUUGAUACCCUUUUGACUGACUGA